CCUGAUUCACCCCGAGUCAACCCCCUGUAGCUCCGAGACACGCAGUCUCUUACGAAUCCUCGGAGGUACGAUCAACAGCGGUGUUAUCAACGACAAGGUGCUCGAUAAGAGCGAGUUAUCGCGAGGGAUAUCGCGUAAUAUCGAGUGAUUUUCGAUAUAUAUAUAUAUAUAUAUGUCAGUGCAAGACAAUUUAGAGGAUUGAAUUGCCGGUGUUAAAUCUUGUUACAUCUUGGAUGUUAGAUAACGACAAAGUAUAGAGAUCACAAUGCGAUAAUUGAUCGAUGCUGAUUGGUGAUUAAUCCCUCGAAUCAAUCUCAUCGAUUGACGGGUCGGUGAAUAGUGACAGUUGCCGAAGGUGAGAGUGUUUAAGUUCGAAUAAUACCACGAAAUCUCUCCAAAAAGGAGAGACAGAAUCUUCCUUCUUCUUCUCUCUCUCUCUCUCUCUCUUCCGAUUCCGCUCGGGGAACCGAUCGUACCUGAAGGGGUGUAAGCCUUAGGGGAGAGUACCGGAUAUCUAAACGAUCGGAAUGCUACUGUGUCAUUAAAGCUUUGCUUGGCUUGCAGGUCGGUGAUCAGAUCUACGGAUGUGAAGGGAGAUAAGGGCGAAAGUAAGUUUCGGGGGUGGGUUGGUAAAAGUGUAAGCACGAGGGAGAAACGAACGGGAAACGCGUUCCUAGCCUAGUGGUCGCGUGGCAUGAUCGGGCGAAAAAGCGAAAAGGCAAGAUGCUUACGAUACAACGUUCGGAGUCGUUGAGAGGGGCAGAAGGCUGCAACCCUCCCGGCACGCAUUUGCUACCCCCUGUUGGGUCCGGGGCUUCCGUUUCCGGGUGGAAGCCCGCCGAGAGGAGCGUCUCCUUCAAUCGAGACGUCCACGUGAAGAGGAUCGGACGUGGUGCACCGCGCGUAACCGCGGCUCUCGUGAACGAUGGAGAAGGUAGGUUGAUCGCCACUCCGGUUCGCAAGGAGAGCAUCGCCGCCAGGAGCAAGGAGGACCUCGCACAGGAAGCGGCCCUGGUCCUGCAGCAAGCGGGCAGCCUUCAGUGCGUGGCCCGCGACAACCGACGCAAUCUGCUCGGUCGCUUCAGCACCCUACCGGCGCGCCGCAACAACAAGAAACGUCCGGAGCUGCCGAUCGAUGUGAGGUCUCGCCGCGGCAGCGACGAGAUCGGCGGCAGCUCUACGACCGCGGAUCUCGGCACCCCGCGGGCCAAGAAGAAGCCGCUGCUGGGGAGAAGCGCGAGCGAUGCCGGCGCGAGGAAGCUGAAGAGUCCGCUCGCGCGCUUCUUCUCGCCCAAGUUGGAAAGGCGGCGACAACCGGUUGACCGAAGCGCGAGUGACGCCGGCACCUGGCCUCGUCCGAAGCGCAGCGGCAGCGAGAGCGAGGGCUCGCACCUCAGCACCGUCAGUCAGCGAGCGAAGAAGCAGCAGCUGUCGCCGAUAAUCGAGACGUCGCCGCAGUACGUGGACCAGCAUCCGUUUCACUUCGGCAUCUCGGAGCGCGAGAACAAUAAUCAGCCGACGAAAUCCAAGAAGGAAGAACGAACGAGUCUGACGAUCGAGCCGACUGAUAACAGAUCGCCCAGCCGAGAAGCCAAGGUGAUCGAGCAUCGUAUAAUCGUCGAGGGCAGAGACGACGGAGAAGAAGAGAGAAAGGAAACCGCGAGGACCAGCCGUACUCCUUCACCUCUGAAGGAACCCGAGCGCGGGAAAGACGAGGUCGAUCAAGCGGGCGUAGAUAGUAUGCUACAUAGCAGCCGCUACGAUCUUCAGCAACAGCAGGAGUCCACCAUUCACAAGAUGAUCCACCGACUGUCCAACGAUCGUUCGCCGCCGCCGCAGCUGCCGAGAACGAUGGUGUCACCGUCGCCGGGAUUCGGCCACAACAACAACCGGCCGUUCUCCUACACGAGACCGAACGAUUCUUGCAGUCCUCCACCGCCGGCGCAAACCAACGUCAUCUACGCGCAGGUGCAGCCGGACAAGAAGAAGGCUCAGCGGAGCCACUCCGACAGCGACGAGGGCCUCGGUCUCGACAGGAAGGACUCCUCCCGGGAGAACAGUCCGGCGGAGAAGGAGUACCGCAGAGCCGAGUAUUCGUACAGCAGCGAUCUGCGUCGCAACAACGAGAUCAACAGCUUCAAGUCGAGGUACGAGGAGGAACGAAAGAACGGUCUCUUCGGCAAGCCUCUGGGCAGCUCGAAGGACUUGAUCUCUAGAACGAACGAGACCGCGAAGCGUUACGAGUUCGACGAAAUCGAUAGGCGUCUGUUCGACAAGCCCGAUAAAUACACGUCGACCGUGUUCGUGGACACUUCCGGUCGUGGCAGGGCCGACGGGAUGGACUCUAAACGAAGAGACAGCGGCGAGCUGUCGUCGAGGCAGAACGAAAGCGGGAUCUCGCCCAAGACUUCCGAGUUGAGCGCACGACGGGAUCUCCUGGAGUCCAGAAUCAAGUCGAGAUUGCUGGCCGACGAGAUGUUCGCCGCGAAGAACAACGCGUCGAUGAAGAAGUCGAGCGAGCACGAGAUAAUCGACAAACCGAUCGUUCCGUCGCCGGUCACGCCGAAUCGUAUCGCGUCACCGAAACGAUACAUGGACACCUACAUCACGGAGACGCGCACUAAUAGCAACGGCGAGAAGUACAUCUUCGAGAAGGAGAUACACGAGGAUAACGGCAAGGUUUACGGCUACGAGAAGAAGAUCACCAACAAAGUCCCGACGAACGGUUACCUCGACGCGAAACCCAAGGACGGUUACACCGUGGAGACCAGGACGGACAAGUACGGGGACAAGUAUAUCGUGGAGACGCGCACGCACGAGGGUUACACCGAUGACAUCAAUUCGUUCCUCAAUGACCGUGCACGGAGCAGUCCGGAAGAAAGAUUCCAGGCGGUGAGAAACGGCGGCAGCUCCUACAAGCCGUAUCUACCCGAGAGCACCGGUGCAACGACGCAUCACUUUCGCAGCGAAUCGCGAGGAAACGAGUUAUCGUCGCCGAUCAUCGCCAAGAAACUCAACGAGCGCAAGUUCUCGAAGAGCGACGACUUCUUGGACCGCGAGAAUCGGCCGAUCGAACGAAACGGGUAUCUGCCGAAGAAGAAGCCGUUCGAGUCGAUUCGCGGCAUGAGCAAGUCGACCCAGAGAUUGGACGAGGUCGGAGAGAACGCCAGGGUGCGGGCGCUCAGGAGCGAGUACACCACGAGGUCGCACGAGAACCUGACCAGCAGCCAGGCCGGAUACGCGAGACGACCGACCGCGUUGCUGCUUGACAGCCCGACGAUGAACGGACGCAGAACGAGGUCGCCGUUCGCGAAACGUCACCUGGACAGUCUGCGCGAGGGCCCGAACGACGACUACGACACCGACAUCUCGCAGCUGACCAGCAGCCAGCUGGAGUCCAGUAAGUAUUACAAGGAGACGCGCACCACGCAGAGAUACACGAGCGGCGGCAAACCGCCGAUUCACGACGAUUAUGACAGUUCGCCACCGAGGAUACGCACCGAUCGUGGCGGCUACAAUUCCAGCCGAUACGACUCGGACACCACCGCCAGGGACUCCAUCCGCUGCGAGACGCGCUACGACGAGACGUCCUCGCGCACACUUAGAAAGGAACACCGCAAGCUGGACGACGAUCCGAAGAAGCCGCUGCGACGAUCGCGCAAUCGGCUCGAUUACUUUGACGAUUCCGAUGGUCCCCGAGAGGUGUCCUCGGUCACUCGAUUGGAGACCUUUACCGAAAGCCCGACCAGACCACCCAGGACUUAUCACGAGGGCAAAUCAAGGCACUUGAGGCAGGAGACACGGGGACAUCACGUCGAGCGCCGUCAUCGUGAGACUCGGCUGAGCGAUUCGGAUCGCAAGGAUCGAUUAGCCGAUUCCGGGAUCGAGAAUGAUUACAGAAGAGACUCCCAGGAGGCGGACAGGCGCGAGCAGCUCGAGUCCGAGGACGAGGGUUUCGUCAGUCGGCAGUUCAUCAAGCACGAACGACGGCACACGGAUCGGAACAUGAAUCUGACGCCCACUUCCGACCGGCACGAGUACGAGAAAUACGUAAACGAGUCGUCGAAGCCGCCGCUGGUCACCGCGAAGCCGCCCACCGGCGCCGCCGACAAGAAGUACGAGAAGAAGGUGGCGAAGAAGAGCGGCACCAUGAGCAAGGUCAAGCAGCUGUUCAGCAAGAAGGAGAAGAAGGCCAAGGAGGAGAAAGGGAAGAAGAGCUCGAGGAGCGGCAGCAGCGGCGCCCUGACCGACGACGAGGUGACGAUGAGGUAUCGGGAGUACCGCGGCGAUCAGCUGUUGAGAGGUGCCAAGAGCGCGCGGGAUUUGGGCAGCGACAUCAAUCAGGCCAGAGAAUUCUGCACGUGGUGCACGAUAGGCUCGUCGAUCUCGCGAGUUAAGCGAACUAGACGUUACCCCGUAACGGAGCUUUCGCUGUCGGACGUCGCCGGGAUCCCGUAUGAAGAGUAA